AUGGCUUGGUCAAAGUCAACACGCAUUCUGAUCAUGCUAUUGAUCGAUGCGGUAUUUUUCAUCGUGGAAUUAGGUGUUGGAACGUGGGUGGGAUCAUUGGCACUCACGGCAGAUGCUUUUCAUAUGUUGAACGAUAUCAUCUCUCUCGCUGUUGGACUUUGGGCUGUGAAAGCUGCGCAAAAGAAUACAACUGAUAAAUAUUCUUUUGGAUUUUUGAGAGCCGAAAUCCUUGGAGCCUUCUUCAACGCCGUCUUCCUCAUUGCGCUUUGCGUCACAAUUGUUCUCGACGCUGUCGGACGUCUCUUCGAUCCACCUGAGAUUACCGAACCAAAGCUUAUACUUAUUGUUGGAUCAUUGGGGUUGGCAUCGAAUCUUGCUGGAUUUUUCGUAUUGGGCGGACAUGGUCAUUCUCAUGGUCCGGGAGAUGGUCAUUCUCAUGGAGAUGAAGUCAACGCUGCGGAAGAAGGACAUGCGCAUAGCCAUACUCAUGAACACGGCCACGAACCAUACGAACCAUACCGAGAUGAAGUCAACACCGAAAAUGGAAAUGCAGGCGAAGUUUUCCCCGAAGCUGUAGUAGCAAAAGCUACCGCCAAACGUCAAGUACAGUUUACCAAACCCGAUGAAGAUGCUCAAACAGCCCGCGAUAAUAGCAGUGUUAUCACUAGAUCACCCAGCAGGAGUUCCAAAAAACACGCUCAUCGGAGACGAACAAGCAAAUCUCAAUUCUCUAGUUUGGAUAACAUUAGCAUUCAUCCAGCAAGCUUUCGACAAGACAUCAUUGCUGCAAGCAAGUCACAAUUGGAUGCGAUUGAUAGCGAAGAUUCUAGCGAACCAGAUGAUGAUGCUCAUGCUGAAUCUGGACCCGCGCCAACUGAACACAGCACCCUUCUUCAGCAUACUGACAAUGGUCACACGGACGCUCAUUCUCACAGCCAUGGUCAUGGAGAUGAAGGUCAUCAUCAUGAACGUCGCACAAGCCGUCAAUCUAAGCAUUUGGCACAUAAUCACAACAAUAAAUCCAAGAAAAAGUCUGGUGGUCACGGUCACAGUCAUGACGAUAUGGGAAUGAACGCUAUGGUUCUUCACGUUAUUGGUGAUGCCCUUGGGAAUGUUGGAGUGAUCGCCACUGCGUUGAUUAUUUGGUUGACUGAAUGGCCUGGUCGUUUCUAUGCCGAUCCUGCUGUAUCGCUUUUCAUCACCAUGAUCAUUCUUCGUUCUUGCAUUCCAUUGACUAAAGCUACCGCACAAAUUUUACUUCAAGCUACACCCGAUUCAAUCGACAUCGCUUCUUUAAAAGAAGAUAUCGAAAGUAAUGAAGCCGUUAAGGGUUGUCAUCAUGUCCACAUUUGGCAACUCAGCGACUCCCAACUAGUUGCAUCAAUGCAUAUCCAAGUUGCUUUCCCCAUCGGCGAAGAUAGCGGAGAGAAAUACAUGCAACUUAAUAAGGAAAUCCGGCAAUGCUUACACGGUCAUGGCAUUCAUAGCGCAACCAUUCAACUUGAAUUUUGCCUCGAAAAAGAUCACGCUCAUGAUCCCAACGGCUCAAGAUUUGGACUAGAUGGCCAGGUUCAAACUAAAUGUGGAAUGGAAGAUGAUGAUUCCUGUUUAUUGGAAUGUGUUGAUAAUUGCAAGGGAAGAGGAUGUUGUUCAACGCAAGUAGUAGAGCCCCAACAUGACCAUUCGGAUCAUGAUGGCCAUACUCAUUAG